AUGAGCUCCGUGGUGCUGGUGGAGUCUGGAGGGACAGUGGUGGAGUACAUAACCGCAGAAGAAGACCCUCAACAGGAUGGAGACUGUGAUGUGGAGAUUGAGCUGGAGGAGGAAGGGCCAUGCGAGGAAGACGAGGACGAGUACCCAGAGGUCAUUGUGGUGGAGGAGGACUCCGCGCUCUGUCUGGAGGACUCGAUACAGUGCGGUCAGGUCUUUGUGUGCGAUGGACAAACCUACAUGAUCCAGGAGGCGUCGGAGGAGCAGGAGAUGCUGACGCAGGAGGAGACUGUGGCGGAAGGAUACGCGCUCCUAGCUUCCCCAUACAACUCAGUGAGAAGUCUGCAGCCAGCGAGAAACAUGGCGACUCGACAGCAUGAGGGACACGCAAAUCAACUCGAUUUACUCAUCAGAGCCGUGGAGGCGUCUGUCCAUGGCUCCAGCAUCCACUGUUCGGACAAAACGAUCGAGGCGGCGGAGGCUCUGCUGCACAUGGACUCUCCCACCAUCCUCCGGGAGGAUCGCAGUCCAGACUUCCUGCACGCUGCGAUGCGUCCCGACAUGUACGCAGAGACCGAGGUGGAGAUCUCGACGGAGGACUGCUGCGAGGACGAAGACGACGACAUGGUCACUUACAUGGACGACCCUGAGCCAGAGUUUGAGCCGAUCAGGAAGAAGAGAGUUGGUCGAAAGACGAAGCCAUUUUCCCCUGACUCUCCGGAUCUCAGCAUCAAGAAGAAGUCCAGAGAGGGCAGAGGAACCACAACUUAUCUGUGGGAGUUCCUCUUGGACCUGCUCCAGGACAAAAACACGUGUCCGCGGUACAUCAAGUGGACGCAACGGGACAAGGGCAUCUUUAAGCUGGUCGACUCUAAAGCCGUGUCCAGACUGUGGGGGAAGCACAAGAACAAACCCGACAUGAACUACGAGACCAUGGGCAGAGCGCUGCGAUACUACUACCAGAGGGGGAUUCUGGCCAAAGUGGAGGGGCAGCGUCUGGUUUAUCAGUUCAAGGAUAUGCCCAAGAACAUCGUGAUUAUCGACGACAACAAGGCGGAGCUGUCGGACGACAUGAUCGACUCGUCCGUGGUGUCGUACGAGCGCGUCCCGCCCCCUCCCAACCUCCUGCAGAAGAGCGAGCCCUCCACGCCCACCAAACCCAACAUCCUGAGGGGCAACAAGAUCGCCGCCCACAAGCCACAAGGGGGCACUUUCAUCACAGCAGUCCAGCAGGCGGCGGUGGAGCAGAGCAAAACGUCUCAUGCAGCCGUCAUCACCAGCACCACGACGCCGAGGGCGGUGCGCGUGGCCAUGCAGGUGCCACUGAUGAUGACGACGCAGCUGGGGCAGAAGAUCUCCGCGGUGACGAGCGCGGGACACACCACCCUCCUCACCAACUCCUCCCCCAUCAGCGCCGUGUCCCCCGCCAACUCACAGCAGAAGGUGGUGAUCCAGACGCUGCCCACGAUGGUCCCGGCCACGGCCGAAAACGGAGACAAGAUCACGGUGCAGCUCGCCAAGAUCAUCACCAUCCCGGCGCACCAGCUCGCCCAGUGCCAUCUCCAGACUGCGGGCUCCAAGGGCUCCACGGCUGGGGGGCUGAGCCUGGUGGGCGGCCCCCUGACGAUGCGCGCCCUGGCCCCGUUGAACAUGGGGGGGCAGGUGAUGCGGCUCACGGUCCCGCAGACGCAGCAGACGGUGGUGGUGUCCCAGGCCGGAGCGGCGGGGGGCGGAGCCGGGGUGGUGCCGUUGUCCAAUCAGCCGCGGGUGAUCAGCGGGGUCCUGAACGGGUCCGAGCUUCUGAUCGGCGGGGCGGGGGUCUCUCUGGAGAAGGUAAAGGUCGAGGCGCUCCCGGUGUCUGUCCCUGGCGCUCAGAAAAGUCAAGGGAAAGUCCUGGUGAUCGCCGCGGACGCAACAGACGCGACGAAAACGGAGGAGCCGGAGUGUUGA